ACAAAAAAACAAAAAACAAAUUCAGUUCACAAGGAAUGGAAGAUCAAGAUUGUGAUGAAAAUAUGCCAACUGGAUUGACGGCCAUGAUUCAAGACGACGACGACGUCGUAUCUAUAACUUCCGACGACCAUGAUGAAAAAGCAGGUGGUGGUGGUGGUGGUGGUGGUCCUUAUAAUAUGCAAAUAACUCCGGCGACGGAAUUUCUUCCGUUCCAACAAAUGAAUCCCGGCGAAUAUCCAUGCUCGGAAGAGAUUAUCUUUUAUGAUUUGGAAAAGGAAGAUGAAGUAGAAGAAAAUGAACCUGGUCAGACAGGUGGGGAAUUAUGCCAACAACAAAAGAGAAAGCGUUCUAAUUAUUUGCAUAACCUGAAUGAGAAGGUGAGUAGAGUUUCACUCGUGCGCAGACAAAAACUUCAGGGUAAAAUGAAAGCUCUCCAACAAUUGAUUCCCAACUGUGACAAGGUUUUCUUUCUUCCCCUUUAA